AUGUCCGUUAUUCCAAACCCUGACCAGAAGGCCAGCAUAGACCGAUCGCAAUCUCCUCGGAGGACCCUGACGGACCCCGAGGCCGCAGAAAACCCUCGUUGGACUUCCAGAAUCAAGAAACGUAUUAUCGUUUGCUGCGAUGGGACUUGGCAGGAUGGGAUCAUAGUGGAACAGAGAUGGAAGUACACAAACAUCCUGCGACUUGCUAGGAUGUUCAACCACCAAGAUGAGCGCUUCCAGCCUCCAAUCCCUCAGAUAGUGUUCUAUCAGUCCGGAAUAGGCAGCGCCAAGAACUGGUACGCGGAACUCGUGGAAGGUGAUAAGGUGCAGGAGGCUUAUGCCUUCAUUGCGCACAAUUAUCAACCUGGCGACGAGAUAUUCCUGUUUGGGUUUUCUAGAGGUGCCUAUACUGCACGCAUGGUGGCAUCUCUAAUUGGGGAAAUCGGCGUCCUUGAUCGGACCGACAUGGAUGUAUUUGCGGAUCUCUUCAUCGCGUAUCAGAAGCGUUCUAAGAGCCAGGAUGACAAGGAGAAGGCAGAGUGCGAUAGGAUUCUUGCGCCGUGGAUACAGAAAGAUUCUCCUGGUAAAAGGAGAGCAGAUUCAGACCAGGACACAUUUUCUAUCAAAUCCGUUGGAGUUUUCGAUACCGUAGGAUCCGUCGGAUUACCCGAAGAGUUGACCAUACACUCCAAGGAAGUGAAGAAAUUGUAUGGCUUCAGUGACGCGAAGCUAGGGGAGCAUAUAGAACGAGCUUAUCAAGCCUUAGCUUUGAAUGAAACACGGGCGGACUUCAACUGCUCCAAAUUCGAGCAGACUGAAGGCGGACGCCGGAAGAAACAGAUACUAAAACAGUGCUGGUUUACGGGGUCUCAUUCAGAUAUAGGCGGCGGUUUCAAAGAGCACGAUUUGUCGGAUCUCACUCUUACAUGGAUGGCGGCGAAUAUCGGCGACAUGGUGUCCCUGGAUCCGAACUACUUGUCAUCCCUACCGGAUCCAGUUGCCCCUUGGGGCCAACAGCGGCCUCACAAUCCCACCACUGGUAUAUUCAUGCUUGCUGAUACCAUUCAACGUCAAUAUCCCACUUCAACUAAUGAAGUCACCCAUGAGCACAUCCACCCUUCAGUGCUGGAACAGAAGUCCCUUCUUCCUGCCCUGAGGGCAGAUAUUGAGCAGCAUCCAGAGCUCAUCGCUGAGCUCAUGCCACUGGAAGAGGAGAUGAGACAGAACUGGCCUUACCACUUCGACAAGCACAGUGCCCCUGUGCAAGCAGCCGCGACAGUGUCCCCGAAGUCGGGCAUCAUAGGAGAGCUUCUCGAGAAAGGCACGAAACUCGGUAUUGAACAGUUGAAGAAGUUUUCUGAAGACAGUAGCAUGGCUGCAGUGGGGAAGGAGAUCCUCAAUCACUUACAACACUGAUGAUCACACCCCAGUUCGUUCUUCAUCCCGGAAAUCGCGCCUGCGAUGUAAGUAGGAAUUCCUGUAACUUAACAGUACAUUGAUGUACAUUGAGCGUGUGUACGGGUAUCAUAUCAUGAGUCGUGAGGUAUCUUAGCAUCAUCUUGUCCAUCCAUCAGAACAUAUCGUCCGUUCUCCAACUGAACGUCUAAAGACAGCCCCCUGGAAGGAGUGCCCGCCCUCCAAAGCGGCGUGAUCCCGAACCAGGCGCCCAACUUGGAUGUCCAAGACCUGUGUGCUCGCCGUUUCCGGAGAGGAUCACCCAGAAUACCCUCCCAUCUAUACACUGGCCGUGCACGAAUGGAAGAGUCGUCAUGAUCUGUGCCACCCCCCGUCCCUAAAGUAGAUGGUCCUGUCAAGGUCUGCAAAUCAAGUUCCUCCAUGUCUAACUCGGAUUGAUCAUUGCCAAUAUGAAACCAUAUGACCU